CCGCCGGGGCCCUGCAGGGCACCGGACAGGCACCGUGCCGGGCCCCGCCCACCCCGCCUCGCGGAGGGCGCGCCCGGGCGAGGCGGAGCAGGGAGGAAAAGGCGCCACCGGAGCGUGGCGUCCGCAGCCAUCGCCGGAGGGAGACGGAGGGACCCUGAGCCCCUGCCCACCAAGGCGUCCCAUCCCUUAGGCAACCUCCCCGCCCGCCCACCGCCGCGAGCCAAGGCCGGCACCCAGCCCGGAGAUGGGCAGACACGUGGAUGGCGUGGCUCCCAGCUCUGCCAGAUCACAAGAGCCCGGCGCCGGGGCGCUGCGCUGAGGCUCCCGUUCGGGGCGGCCCGGGAAGCCUGCAGGUGUCCUUGGAUGCUCGGCCGCCGCGGGAGGCACUCCGUCGCCAGUGCCAAGAGCUCCGCUCCAGGGAGCGGCCCCGCCUCCUAAGCUCGGCGCCGCGCAGGACGCCCCGUCUGAGGCUCCCCCCGCCCCAGAGCGGCCCCAGCGCGGCCCCCGCAGCGCUGCGCCCAGCCCAGUCCCGCUCCCAGUUGCCGAGCCGCGGACGCAGGACCGGAGGCUUGCUCCUGCUGGCGCGCUUGUUUUUCUCCUGCUGCCAUCGGCUCGCCCUGCGCAGCCCCCGCCCUCCCGCCAGUCCGCGGCGCUCUGCUCAGCCCCGCCCGCCAUCCGUACCCUGCGCUGGAUUUAUGAAUGGGGAGAAGAGGCCACAUGCCGCCGCCGCCUCCGCCUCGUGUUGACCGCUCGCAGCCUGGGCCCGCGGAGCUCCGGUUGCCGUAAGAGCGUCGCCUCGGCCUCGGCAGCCGCUCGGAGGACUUGUUGCUGCUGCGCUACUGCCGCCGCGGGGAAGCCGGCCGUUCCCGAGGCUCGGCGCAGUCUGGGACCGGAGGGUGGCCCGUGUGAGUGUGAGCGCGCGCGCUCCCUGGACCCUCGCAGCGAGCUCGGACUGUGUGCUUCCUUGUUUCCGGGGGACUGAAGGGGGGCGUGUCCCUGGCCCCGAGCGUCUGUGUGCCCCGUCUUCGCGGAGUAGCGUGUGUGUGCUUGCCCCUGACUCUCCCGGACCCUCGCUUGGGUCCUCUGCUCUCCUUUCCUCCUCCUGCCGCCCUCCCCGGUGCUGCCCUACCCAAACCCCAACCACCUGUGCACCCGAGAAACCCAACUCCUCCCGCUCCGCGCCCAGGGGGGGAGGCACAGAGGUUGGGCCACGCCGCAGAGGGGGCCGCCACCGCCUCCUCCUCCUCCUCCUCCUCGUCUCCUCCCUCCCCGGUCUGACGCUGCCUCCUCGGGAAGGGUGUUUGGAGGGCAGCGGCCGCCCCAAGCCGUCCCCCGCAGCGCUUCUUAUGAUCAGCUCGGUGUGUGUCUCCUCCUACCGCGGGCGCAAGUCGGGGAACAAGCCUCCGUCCAAAACAUGUCUGAAGGAGGAGAUGGCCAAGGGCGAGGCGUCGGAGAAGGUCAUCAUCAACGUGGGCGGCACGCGACAUGAGACCUACCGCAGCACCCUGCGCACCCUACCGGGCACCCGCCUCGCCUGGCUGGCCGAUCCCGACGGCGGGGGCCGGCCCGAGUCCGAUGGCGGCGGCGCGGGUAGCAGCGGCAGCAGCGGCGGCGGGGGCUGUGAGUUUUUCUUCGACCGGCACCCGGGCGUCUUCGCCUACGUGCUCAACUACUACCGUACGGGCAAGCUGCACUGCCCGGCCGACGUAUGCGGGCCUCUCUUCGAGGAGGAGCUCACUUUCUGGGGCAUCGACGAGACCGACGUGGAGCCCUGCUGCUGGAUGACCUAUCGACAACAUCGCGAUGCCGAGGAAGCGCUCGACAUCUUCGAGAGCCCGGACGGAGGUGGCGGCGGCGGCGCGGGGCCCAGCGACGAGGCCGGUGACGGUGAGAGAGAGCUGGCCCUGCAGCGCCUGGGCCCCCACGAGGGCGGCGCGGGCCCCGGCGGCGGGCCCGGGGGCUGCCGCGGCUGGCAACCCCGCAUGUGGGCGCUCUUCGAGGAUCCCUACUCCUCCCGGGCGGCCAGGGUGGUAGCCUUCACCUCCCUCUUCUUCAUCAUGGUCUCCAUCACCACCUUCUGCUUGGAGACCCACGAGGCCUUCAACAUCGACCGCAAUGUGACGGAGAUCCACCGGGUGGGGAACAUCACCAGCGUGCGCUUCCGGCGGGAGGUGGAGACGGAGCCCAUCCUGACGUACAUUGAGGGCGUGUGCGUGCUGUGGUUCACGCUGGAGUUCCUGGUGCGCAUCGUGUGCUGCCCCGACACGCUGGACUUCGUCAAGAACCUGCUCAACAUCAUCGACUUCGUGGCCAUCCUGCCCUUCUACCUGGAGGUGGGGCUGAGCGGUCUGUCCUCCAAGGCCGCCCGCGACGUGCUGGGCUUCCUGCGCGUGGUGCGCUUCGUGCGCAUCCUGCGCAUCUUCAAGCUCACGCGCCACUUCGUGGGGCUGCGCGUGCUGGGCCACACGCUGCGGGCCAGCACCAACGAGUUCCUGCUGCUCAUCAUCUUCCUGGCCCUGGGCGUGCUCAUCUUCGCCACCAUGAUCUACUACGCCGAGCGCAUCGGCGCCAGACCCUCGGACCCGCGGGGCAACGACCACACCGACUUCAAGAACAUCCCCAUCGGCUUCUGGUGGGCUGUGGUCACCAUGACGACGCUGGGCUACGGGGACAUGUACCCCAAGACGUGGUCGGGCAUGCUGGUGGGGGCGCUGUGUGCCCUGGCGGGCGUGCUCACCAUCGCCAUGCCCGUGCCGGUCAUUGUCAACAACUUCGGCAUGUACUACUCCCUGGCCAUGGCCAAGCAGAAGCUGCCCAAGAAACGGAAGAAGCACGUGCCUCGGCCGCCCCAGCUUGAGUCGCCCAUUUACUGCAAGUCCGAGGAGACCUCGCCCCGGGACAGCACCUACAGCGAUACCAGCCCCCCUAACCCAGAAGAGGGUACAGUCGAGAGGAAACGGGCAGACUCCAAGCAGAACGGGGACGCCAGUGCGGUGCUGUCGGAUGAGGAGGGAGCUGGCCUCACCCAGCCCCUGGCCUCUGCCCCCACCCCCGAGGAGCGCCGGCCCCUGCGUCGCUCAGGCACGCGAGACAGAAACAAGAAGGCAGCUGCCUGCUUCCUGCUCAGCGCCGGGGACUAUGCCUGUGCCGACGGCAGGGUCCAGAAAGGCUGUGAAAAGUCCCGGAGUCUAAACAACAUAGCCGGAGCGGCUGGAACCGGUCUUGGGCUGUCUCCGCUGGCAUCGCGAUACAGCUCGCCCUACCCUCCGAGAAAGCUCCUGCUCUCCCACCCCUUCCACCCUCUCACCAGCCCACCCCCCGGACACUCCGCCCCUUAGCUGCACCCUCUGCUGCACUCACCUGCCCUCUCUCGGCUCCUGCCCUCCCGGGGUUCAUUCUUCCUUGGGCUCAGCAUUGCCCACAGCCCUGAGCCCUGCAGGGAGCAGCGGGGGGCAGACAGCCAGGCCCCUGGGCCUCUCCUGCACAGCACCCAGCUCCCCCAAACCUUCCUCUCUGGAGCUUGAGAGCAAGGGGGAGAUCAUUCCCAGGGCUUCUACCCUACCACCCACCACCAUCCCCUUCCUGGGCCACAGGUGCUGGCAUGCCCAGGACCCCACCCCCCCAGGCCCUGCCUCCUUCUCUGGGUCCCACUGGGGCCAGCCUCUCUGGGCAGGCAUGUCCAUGGUAGGACACGGGCAGCAGGGCUGGGGAGCUGUGCUGGGGAGCCAGGCCUGGGUAACGGUUUUUAAUCACAGCAAAUGCAUUUCCAUCCUGUGUGGCCUUUAAAUGGUCCCCAAAGAGCCUACAGUGGAAUGUCUCUGUCUGUCUGUCUGUCCGUCCCACACCCAGACCAGCAAGGAACAAGGCCACCAUGUGGGACAUCCCCUGCUGGUGUAAGGGGGCUUGGCUCUUCUGAGCAGAGCGGGGCAUGUAGACUGGCAGUGCACUCAGGCAGUGCUGCCUGGGAACAGAGGCCUGAUGGUUUUCUGUCACUGGCCUGGGGCACAGGUGGGGGCCCCCAGAGUCAUAGCCCCAGGAUUGGCUCAAGCCGUGGGUGGGGGCUGCCCACUUCAUGGAGGGGGUCCUUCACCCAGAUUCAGCGGGCGAUGCCCAGCGGCAGCACCUGGGAGCCCAUCUGCGCUCCCCAGCCCCAGCCAUCUCUCUCCACGCUGCUUCCUUUGCUUCCGCGACAGUUUUUCUUCCCUCUCCCGCCCCCCACAAACUCCUAGCCCUGCCUCUGAGUCACCUGCCACUCCCACCCAGCCUCUGUGCUCUGUAUUCCUGCCAGAAGCGGAGACUCAUCUAAUUUCUAUAAUUAAGUGUAUUCAUUUACCUAACGAGCCCGGGAGCACAACAGGUUUGUGAGUCACUGAGGGAGCAGGAGUACACCUUGGGCAGGGGCAGCUGAGGGAAAGUCUGGAGACGCAAGCGGUCCUGCCCCCACCUGCUCCUGCACAGACACCCUGCCGCUCGCGGGGAGCCCUGGGGCUCAGUCUGGCCCAGCCAGCUGGCCGCUCGGAGCCCCCUCCCCCAGCACUGGCACCCAGCAAGGCUCUUGCAGGCCCUCCUCCACCUGAGGAUGGGUUCUCAGCCAAGACACUUCCUGUUUCACCUGAUGGGAAUCAGACCUGACAGCAGAGCCGUGUGCCUAGCAAUUUUUAGAGUCAGAUUAUGCAACUUUGUAGAGGGAAUGACUAAGUAAAGUCCAUAUCUACUCCUUCAAGGGUGGGCAAAGAUAGGCAGCGGAAGACAGCAUUUGGGGCUCUACAGGAGGCCGGAAAUCUGGGGGCCACCCGUAAAGGGCAGAGAGGGCCAGAUUAUCUCAUGGCGCAAGGGAGGGGCAGGGUAGCAAAACCUGUGCCACAGGCAUCCCCGUUUCAGCACUUCCCUCAGCCCUGGGCAGACAUGGGAAGGCCCCUUCUAGAAACGUCUGUUCACGAUGGUAAAUAGAUGCCUCAGGCCUGCUACAGUCUGUGGGAUCUGCCUGCCACUUGCUCUCAGAGUGGAUUGGCCCCUAAGAGUUGAGAAGGAUACAGGGACAUCCACGUGACCUCCCUUCAGCAGGGGAUGGGUCCCUUUAACGGAGAGGAAAGCCCUGAUCCGGGCAGCCUCUCCCCUCACAACCAGCCACGAGAGCUCAUCUCCUUCAUGAGGAGAGGUCCAGGCCUGGCCCCACAGGGCUCCCUGGCACCGGAAGUCUGGACCCUGACAGAGCCAUGGUGACCCAGGUGUCCAGUUCAGCGUGAGUGCCACAGCUGUUUUCUCCUCAUUGCCUUUCUGGUUCAGGAAGCCGAGGCGACUAUUUCUGUGGCAGCCCUCAAGUUGUCAGGAGCCCAAGUUUCCACGGCACCCACCGCCUCUUCCCUCCUCUCCCUCCUACGGGGACGGGCAUGCUCACGGCACCCCUAUGGUGGGCGCAGAUGUCCCUGGGCGACAUGAUGUGGUGGUGCCAGGCUGGAGCCCCCAGUGCCUUAGGGAGAGGGGCUCCUAUUCUCCCUACUGGCUCUGGCUUUUAUAGGGAGAGAGACAGGACCCAGCUAAUGGGAGAGUCGAGCAGGGUUAUCUGCCCCCAGCCACCUCUCAGAAUCUCCAGGGCUUCCCAGGGGCCUGGGAAAGGGCAAAGUGAGUCUUGGUGUUUCCAGAGCCCCUGCUGUGCAACAAGCGCUGCCUGAACCAAAGGCUGCCUGCACGGCCUCAGACACACUCAGGCCUCAGGCAUUCCUCCUUAGGAGAAAGCUCACCACCAUCACCACCACUACCCUACCCAUAAUCUGAGAGCGCAGUCUGCCUUUCCUUGGAUCUGACUUGGACCUGCACCCAUUAAUUUGGCUAGAAGCCUUCCCCCACAGCUGGGGGGAGCUCAGUCCCCUCCCACAGUGCAAGGAAGAAGCAGUUCUUAACCUUACUUUCCAAUCUACCAUGAAUAUUGACCACCCUGGAGGCCACCUCUCUGUCCCAAGGCUUCUGAAGGGAGGGGCUGUGAGGUGGAACCAAAGGGGAGGGGGCCUGUGGCACUGGGCAGGAGCCUGAGGGGAAACCGUGGACCAGCCCAAGGGCCUGGGCUCCAGGAAGCCCCUCUGGGGCUGGGUGGGGCUGCCCUUCCAGAGAGCUUCAUGGGGGAGGAGAGUCAUCUCUGCCCUGGCCAGGUAAUAUCACCCUCCAGCACCUGUGUCCCCAGCUCCCUACUGGAGGGUCACAUAAGCACAUUCCAGAGUGAGAUUCCUGGGAACACCCCUCCCCAACUCUCAGAGGCCCCUGAGGAUGGAGAGGGCCUGGAAACCCCUGAAGAAGGCAGAAAGAGUGGGCUUUGUGCUCCCCUAGUCACCUCACAGCUUUCCUUGACUCUCCUCCUGCCUCAUGCCACACCCAUCCAAGACCCCUCGGGAGCCCAGGUGUUCUCACCAGUGCCCCUUAGAACUUGGGUGCUCACAGGGAGGCCCAGUAGCACUUUCCCUUCCUCUAGUGAGUUGGGAGCAGUAUCUGGGUAUUGCUAAAGUUAAGCAGAAAGGCCGGGGCUGGGAGAACAGGGCAAUACCACAGCUCUCUCUCUGCUUAUCUUCAGAAAUGGGGUUCUAAAGAGUGUUGGGCCUCUCUGAUUUCCUCCAGGAUCAUACUCAGAGGCCCAGGAUCCAGGUGAGCCAAAGGGCUGUCUUUAAGGUGGUGAGGAUCCACAGAGGGCCUCCUGUGGUGGAAACAGGGUCACUCCAAGAUGAGAACCCCCUUUCUCUAGAAAAGUGAUAGAGGUGCUUCAGGAUGGCCAGGUAGCCCAGGACAGAAGCUGUGGAGCCUAGAUGCCAAAUCUCUGACCCCCACUUUUAUAAGUGGCCUGGCCCUGGACCAUAAAACCUAAUAGCUGGAAGGGCUGUCCUAGCACUGACCUGGAGGGGGCUGGACCUCCCACCCACCCUAUUUACCCAACUCUGGGACAGCAGCCUUCUCCCCCCUACCCUAGCUGUACUCCAACUGGGAAGGUAGGGAAGAGAGGCCCUCGGCCAUUGUCAUCCCAGGAUAAGGAUGGGAUGCCAAUAAGGGCUCAUGACGGGUUGGGUUUCUCAACAAGAUGGGGUCCUUCUGGCCUUCUCUCCUAGACAGGUGCAUCCUCCCCAACCUUCCCCUUCAGCGUCCACCUCCCAGCAUGAGGAAGGGGUCAUGGCAUGGUAGUAUAAUAGAGCUUUCUUGGGCACAAAGGCCUCUUCAACAGCAACCUGGGGUGGUGAUGGCAGAUGGAGCUAUUGGAACAAGAGCUCAAGUAGGGCAGGCAGUAGGCUGGGUGAUGAACCGUGGGCACAGGAAAACUGUGGGCCAAAGGAACCUCCCACUGCCUCCAUGCAGGCUGCAGAGCUGGGGCUUUCCCCCACUGCACUGGAGCAUUGAAGACCUGGGGGCUACUGGUUCCUGGGCUCCUUACCUGAGCAGGUAUGGGAGAUGAGUUGUAACCUCACCUUUGAGUCAACACGGCCAGAGCUGGGAGGGUAGAGGGGUGCCAAAGGGGCUCACCGCAUUCCCUGACCCAUCCCUGCUCUUCCCUGGCCUCUCAGCCCUGGGUUCCCCUUGCCUUCCAGCUCUGCUCCUGGCAUGUUCCCCAGCCCACAGCCUGUGGGUCAGAAACCGGCUUCCUUCUAACAUCUCCUUCUUUGUUUCUCCCUUUCUUUUGCUGAACUCCUUGCCCCCUAGAAGGCAAUGUUGAGCCGAAAGCGUGCGUCCCAGUGUCUCACACCUGUGCUCUUUAAACACAGAGACCUGCCAAGACGCCCUCUCGUCCAACUAUGCCCAAGCUGAAGUCCUCACCCUCUCUUAAAGCAGCACC